GCUGCGCGUCUGCCGUCUCGGAGGUGCGCGCGCGCGCGUGGCCAUGUGGAACCCGCUUGGAGACCCCGACGGCGCGGGGGGCGCGGGGCGCCGGCAGCGCUGGCUGCGCGCCGGGGCGCUGGUGGCGGCCGCCGGCCUCUUCCUCCUGGGCUUCCUCUUCGGGUGGUUUAUAAAACCUUCCAGUGAAGCUACUGGCAGUAUUCCUCAACAUGGCAGGCGGAAGGCAUUUUUGGAUGAAUUGAAAGCUGAGAACAUCAAGAAGUUCUUAUAUAAUUUUACACGGAUACCACAUUUAGCAGGAACAGAACAAAACUUUGAGCUUGCAAAGCAAAUUCAGUCCCAGUGGAAAGACUUUGGCUUGGAUUCUGUGGAGUUAGUCCAUUAUGAUGUCCUGUUGUCCUAUCCAAACAAGACUCAUCCCAACUACAUCUCAGUCAUUGACGAAGAGAAAAAUGAGGUUUUCAACACAUCCUUAUUGGAACCGCCUCCUCCAGGGUAUGAAAAUGUCGCGGAUGUUGUUCCUCCUUUCAAUGCCUUCUCUCCGCAAGGAACACCCCAGGGUGAUUUAGUUUAUGUUAACUAUGCACGAACAGAAGACUUCUUUAAACUGGAGAGGGAAAUGAACAUCAGUUGCUCUGGGAAGAUUGUGAUUGCCAGAUACGGAAAAGUGUUCCGAGGAAAUAAGGUUAAGAACGCAGAGCUGGCCGGGGCCAAGGGAGUGAUUCUGUACUCUGACCCCGCUGACUACGUGGCGGUGGGUGUGAGGCCGUACCCCGACGGCUGGAACCUCCCUGGUGGGGGUGUCCAGCGUGGGAACGUUCUAAAUCUCAACGGUGCUGGGGACCCCCUCACACCAGGGUACCCGGCAAACGAAUACGCCUAUAGACGUGACAUUGCAGAGGCUGUUGGUCUCCCAAGUAUUCCGGUCCAUCCAAUUGGAUAUGAUGACGCACAGAAACUCCUGGAACGCAUGGGUGGCUCAGCACCACCAGACAUCAGUUGGAAGGGAAGCCUCAAAGUGCCUUACAAUGUGGGACCCGGCUUUGCUGGAAACUUUUCUACGCAAAAAGUCAAGAUGCACAUCCACUCCAGCAGCAAAGUGACAAGAAUCUACAAUGUGAUUGGUACCCUCCGAGGAGCAGUGGAGCCAGACAGAUACGUCAUUCUUGGAGGCCAUCGGGACUCGUGGGUGUUUGGUGGCAUCGAUCCGCAAAGUGGGGCAGCUGUUGUGCAUGAAAUUGUGAGGAGCUUUGGAACCUUGGCAAAGGAAGGAUGGAGGCCAAGAAGGACAAUUUUAUUUGCAAGCUGGGAUGCAGAAGAAUUUGGUCUCCUUGGAUCUACAGAGUGGGCAGAGGAGAAUUCCAGAAUCCUUCAAGAACGUGGUGUGGCCUACAUUAAUGCUGAUUCUUCUAUAGAAGGAAACUACACUCUAAGAGUUGAUUGUACACCACUGAUGUACAGCUUGGUAUAUAAUCUAACAAAAGAGCUACAAAGCCCUGAUGAAGACUGCGAAGGCAAGUCUCUUUAUGAGAGCUGGCGUGAGAAAAGCCCUUCACCGGAGUUCAGUGGCAUGCCCAGGAUUAGCAAGUUGGGGUCUGGAAAUGAUUUUGAAGUAUUCUUCCAAAGACUUGGAAUUGCUUCUGGCAGAGCACGAUAUACUAAAAACUGGGAAACAAAUAAAUUCAGCAGCUAUCCACUGUAUCAUAGUGUCUAUGAGACAUAUGAGUUGGUGGAAAAAUUUUAUGAUCCAACAUUUAAAUAUCACCUCACAGUGGCUCAAGUUCGAGGAGGACUGGUAUUUGAGCUGGCUAAUUCCAUCCUAAUUCCAUUUGACUGUCAAAAUUAUGCUGCAGUUUUGAAAAUGUAUGCUGACAAAAUAUACAACAUGUCAAUGAAAUAUCCUCAGGAGAUGAAGAUGUACAGCAUAUCAUUUGAUUCGCUGUUUUCUGCAAUAGACAAUUUUACGGAAGUUGCUUCUCAGUUCAGCAAGAGACUUCAAGACAUAGACAAACGCAACCCAAUAUUAUUGAGAAUUGUGAAUGAUCAACUGAUGUUUUUAGAACGUGCAUUCAUUGAUCCUCUAGGGUUACCAGAAAGGCCUUUCUACAGGCACAUCAUCUACGCUCCAAGCAGCCACAACAAGUAUGCGGGAGUGUCCUUCCCAGGAAUUUAUGAUGCACUGUUCGAUAUUAAAAGCCAAGCGGAUCCUUCCGGGGCCUGGAGAGAAGUGAAGAGGCAGAUUUCCAUCGCAGCCUUCACGGUGCAGGCUGCGGCGGGCACUCUGAGACAAGUAGCCUGAGAGGCGCUGGGGAGAUUCCUCUCCAGUGACUUAGGAUGGCAUAUCAAAUGGAUGUGAUGAUAAACUAAAAAUAAAAGCUGGAAAUUA